AUGGUAGUUUCCCAGCUGUACAUCCUAUCCCCCAGAGGGGAUACAAUUAUCAGUCGUGACUUCAGAGGGGAUAUAUCGAAAGGUAGUGCUGAGUUAUUUUUUAGAAAUGUAAAAUUGCACAAAGGGGAUGCUCCACCUUUGUUUUAUUUGAAUGGAAUAAAUUUCAUCUAUUUAAAAAGUAAUAGUCUUUAUUUCGUUUUAACAUCUUUAUUUAAUGUAUCACCAAGUUACUUAGUCGAACUACUAAAUAGAUUAUUAAAAGUAUUUAAAGAUUUUUGUGGUCAAAUUAAUGAAGAAAUAAUUAGAGCAAAUUUUAUAUUAAUAUAUGAAAUAAUAGAUGAAGUAAUAGAUUAUGGAUAUAUUCAAAAUAGUAAUACAGAAUAUAUAAGAAAUUUAAUACAUAAUGAAAUAGCCGCUAGCAGUAGAAGUAGCAAUAAUAAUAAUAUGAAUAAGAAAUUUGCUCAUUUAUCCAACUUUUCAAUUAAACAUUCAAAUACUUUACCAUCUAAUGCUUCUCAAAAACCUAUUCAAAUAAAUGAUAAAAAAAAUGAAAUUUUUAUUGAUAUUGUGGAAAAGAUUAAUUUAAUUAUGAAUAGUAAAGGUGAAAUUAUUUACUCUUAUGUGGAUGGAGUAAUACAGAUAAAGUCCUAUUUACUUGGAAAUCCAUAUAUAAAAAUUGCUUUAAAUGAUGACUUGUACAUAAAAAAUAUUCAUAAUGACAAUUCUAAUAAUAUUAUUAUUGAUGACUGUAAUUUUAAUCAUUUAGUUAAUUUAUCCCAAUUUGAAAGGGAAAAGAUACUCUCUUUGUACCAACCAGAUGGGGAAUGCGUUCUUAUGAACUACAGGAUUAACAACAACUUCAAGGCCCCCUUUCGAGUCUUUGCCAGCCUUGUCUACAAUCCCACACACACGGUAGAGCUCUGCAUUCGAAUAAGGCUUGACAUCCCAGCUCAGUACACGUGCACAAACGUGUUUGUUAACUGUAACCUGUGCAAACACAUAAGUAACGUGCACCUGGAUCUGAACUCCAACUCGGACCUUUUUUCCGCUCACUACAUAUCAAACGAACACAAACUUCUAUGGACAAUAAAGAAGUUCAAGGGGGAAAACGAGUAUAGUAUACGAUCGAAAAUAACAUUGAACACAAAUUAUGUUUACUCUAGACGUGAUUUCGGACCCAUAUAUAUUCUUUUUGAAAUUCCCAUGUUCAAUUUAUCAAAACUAAGAAUAAAAUAUUUACGUAUCAUUGAAAAUUAUAAGUCGUGUAAUACACACAGGUGGGUUCGCUACAUCACUCAGUCGUCUUCAUACGUGUAUAGAUUGAAUUGA